AUGUAUCGCCAAUGGCGUAUACCCUGCAUUCGGGCACUACCCUUGAGAAGGUUUGCAUCUCAAGCCGAACAAGAUGUACAACUAGCCAGGGAUUGGCUUAAAACCCUCAAUUCCAAGACCAUCCCCCGCAACAUCUGCGAGGUCUCUUUCAGUCGGUCCAGCGGGCCGGGCGGGCAAAAUGUGAACAAGGUCAACUCCAAGGCCACCUUGAAAGUCCCAUUGGACGCCUUGCUGCCCUUAGUUCCCCGUCUGAUACACCAUCCACUACGCACUUCCCGAUAUGCCGCCGAAAGAGCCCAAUGCCUAGUUAUCCAGUCGGACGAGGAGCGGAAACAGUCUAGCAACGUGGAAUCCUGCUUUGACAAGCUCUAUCAGCUAUUGCAGAGCUCGGCUAAGGAGGUGAUCCCCGGGGAAACAUCUCAAGAGCAAAGAAAUCGCGUGCAAAAAUUGUACGUUCACUUUUUUCAUGGAAGCGAUCGAGCAAAUCUGACAAAAAAAAAACACAGGCAAAGGGCUCAAAAUGAGGGUCGGAUUAAAGACAAGAAACAGCACAGCGACAAGAAAAGUAGUCGCCGGGGAAGCAAAUACGAUGAUUGA